ACACUUUCACAUGAACGUGGAAGGUUAAAAAAUUGAAGACAACUAUAUAUACCAUGGUGUAUUUUGUUAGAAAGUCGUUUAUUUUGGUUAUAUUACUAUCGACCUUAAUUCUGAUUUUCAUAGUUCGGGAGCUCGACGACAUCAGGCAAGAGAGCAAUGCUAUAUGUUACAAUGGAAACACGGAGGGGCUGAAUGUUGAUCAUGAUAUAAAGAAGAAAGUGCAAUCUUUUACCAGAGAGCGAAUCAGUAAAAUAAAUGCCGACGACAGAAAAGACGUCAAAUUGCUGACUAAGUCUUCAGGUACGACAGCUUCUGAAAAGCACAAGGUGGAAAUGGUCCAUUCUUCAAAUGAAAGUGAACACUCAGAAAAACAUAUGUGGCGCUUUUACGAGACGCUUCGACUGAAAACAACGAAUACAUCUAUCACCUUUGUACUGCUAAUAACUUACGGGCGUUCUGGGUCGUCAUGGCUCGGAGAUAUGAUUAGUCAAGCUGGCAGCACCCUCUAUGUGUUUGAGCCUCUGCAAAGAACUGCAUCACAAGGAUUCUUUAAAGACAAUCUGGUUUGCUUUAAUAGCAACACGUGUCGGUGACCAAGAAAACUUAUUGAAAGACAUACCACCAUACUUACAACACUCUACAAACUAUUCACUUGUCAAAUGUCUAGAUUGUUGCCAUUUUUCAAGCGAAUAAUGAAGAACAACUUGAGAAGUAAGAAC